UUAAUCUGUGACACAAUCACCUUGUCAAAGUGUACCUUAUUGUUAUUUGCAUGAUUUUUGAAAACUCUUUGUAUUUAAAUUUUGUUACAGAGACACAUACUAUUUAUGUCCACCUUAAAUAAAUAUUUUUUAUGCAUCUAUGUAGGUAAUGUCAUAUACUGAGCUUGAACAUGGAUAUCAAGGGUUGCGUCAAGCUGCUCAUCAGCCACAAUUUUAUGUCGGCGAUGACGGUAAUCUCGUCCCAAUAAGACCUCCUGGCGAGUUGGAUCUGUGCGAGUCUAUAGAUCCGCAUAGUGAUGGCGGGGGCAAGAAAGUGGUGGUCGGCGUAUGCGCCAUGGCCAAGAAGUCGCAGUCGAAACCAAUGAAGGAGAUCCUCACCCGACUGGACGAAUUCGAGUUCAUUAAGAUGCUCGUCUUCCCAGAGGAGGUUAUCCUAAAGAAGCCGGUGGAGGAGUGGCCGAUAUGCGAUUGUCUUAUAUCGUUUCAUUCCAAAGGCUUCCCUCUCGAUAAAGCAAUUCAAUACGAAAAAUUGAGGAAGCCGUAUGUGAUAAAUAACCUUCACAUGCAAUAUGAUAUUCAGGAUCGUAGAAGAGUGUACGCUAUUUUAGAAAACGAGGGCAUAGAAAUACCACGUUAUGCCGUUUUGGACAGAGACUCGCCGGACCCGAAACAUCAUGAGCUAGUUGAAUCAGAAGAUCACGUAGAAGUAAACGGGGUAGUAUUUAAUAAGCCAUUUGUAGAAAAACCGGUAUCGGCGGAGGAUCAUAACAUUUACAUAUAUUACCCGACAUCCGCUGGAGGUGGGAGUCAGAGGCUAUUCAGAAAAAUCGGCAGUAGAAGCAGUAUUUAUUCUCCAGAAUCAAGAGUAAGAAAGACGGGAUCAUUUAUUUACGAAGACUUUAUGCCGACUGAUGGGACAGAUGUAAAAGUAUACACAGUGGGUCCAGAUUAUGCCCACGCGGAAGCAAGGAAGAGCCCAGCGCUGGACGGCAAAGUGGAACGUGACUCGGAAGGCAAAGAGAUUCGGUAUCCGGUUAUAUUAUCGAAUCAAGAGAAACUUAUAUCCAGGAAAGUUUGCUUGGCAUUUAAACAGACGGUGUGCGGUUUUGAUUUGUUGAGAGCGAAUGGCAAAUCAUUCGUAUGUGACGUAAAUGGUUUUUCAUUUGUUAAAAAUUCAAAUAAAUAUUACGACGAUUGCGCCAAAAUUCUCGGUAACAUGAUAUUGCGGGAGCUGGCACCCACGUUGCAUAUCCCAUGGUCAGUGCCCUUUCAACUGGACGACCCCCCCAUCGUGCCCACCACUUUUGGUAAAAUGAUGGAGUUGAGGUGCGUGGUGGCUGUCAUCAGGCACGGGGACAGGACUCCCAAGCAGAAGAUGAAAGUCGAAGUACGGCAUCCGAGAUUUUUCGAAAUAUUCGAGAAGUACGAAGGGUUUAAGCGCGGGCACGUGAAACUAAAGAAACCGAAGCAGCUCCAGGAGAUCCUCGACAUAGCGCGCGCGCUGCUGGCCGACAUACACACGCGCCACGCCGACCCCGAGAUCGAGGAGAAGCAGGGCAAGCUGGAACAGCUCAAGAGUGUACUGGAAAUGUACGGCCAUUUCUCGGGAAUCAACCGCAAGGUGCAGAUGAAGUACCAGCCGCGGGGCCGCCCGCGCGGCUCCAGCUCCGACGACGGUAACGCCACGCACGGAUGCGACGGAGAGCCGUCCCUGGUGCUGAUCCUGAAGUGGGGCGGGGAGCUGACGCCGGCCGGCCGCAUCCAGGCCGAGGAGCUGGGCCGCAUGUUCCGCUGCAUGUACCCCGGCGGGCAGGGCCGACACAUUCCGGGCGAAGGCAGUACCCAAGGGCUCGGACUGCUGCGCCUGCACUCCACUUUCCGUCACGAUCUAAAGAUCUACGCGUCGGACGAGGGUCGCGUGCAGAUGACGGCCGCCGCCUUCGCCAAGGGGCUGCUGGCGCUCGAGGGCGAGCUGACGCCCAUCCUCGUGCAGAUGGUCAAGUCUGCCAACACAAACGGCCUGCUGGAUAACGACUGCGACUCGUCGAAAGUACAGAAUAUGGCGAAGGCGCGGCUGCACGAGGCCAUGCAGGUGGAGCGCGAGUUCAGCGCGGAGGAGCGCGCGCGCGUCAACCCGUGCGCGUCGCUCAGCAUCGCGGCCGCCAUGGACUUCGUGAAGCACCCCGCGCGGACCUGCGCGCACGUGCACGCGCUCAUCCGGCACCUCGUGCGCAUCGUGCUCGCCAAGAGGGACGACCCCAAGACCAAAGAUACAAUAUUAUACCACGGCGAAACUUGGGAGCUAAUGGGUCGAAGAUGGGGCAAGAUCGAAAAGGACUUCUGUACGAAAAAUAAGACGUACGAUAUAUCUAAAAUCCCGGAUAUAUACGAUUGCAUCAAGUACGACUUGCAACACAACCAGCACACGCUUCAGUUCGACCAGGCCGAGGAGCUGUACAUAUACGCGAAGUACUUGGCGGAUAUUGUUAUACCUCAGGAAUAUGGAUUAACGAUGCAAGAGAAGCUCACAAUCGGACAAGGUAUCUGCACACCCUUGCUCAAAAAGAUACGAGCUGACUUACAGAGGAAUAUCGAGGAGUCGGGAGAAGAAAAUGUCAAUAGACUCAAUCCGAGGUACAGCCACGGCGUGUCGAGCCCGGGCCGCCACGUGCGCACGCGCCUGUACUUCACGAGCGAGAGCCACGUGCACUCGCUGCUCACCGUGCUGCGCUACGGCGGCCUGCUCGACGUGGUGAAGGACGAGCAGUGGAGACGCGCCAUGGAGUACGUGUCGAUGGUGUCGGAGCUCAACUACAUGUCGCAGAUAGUGGUCAUGCUGUACGAGGACCCCACCAAGGACCCCUACUCGGAGGAGAGAUCUACCGCCAGGUUCCACGUGGAGCUGCACUUCAGUCCGGGCGUGAACUGCUGCGUGCAGAAGAACUUGCCGCCCGGGCCCGGCUUCCGGCCGCACAGCCGGAACCACUCCACCACCAACAACUCGAGUCCGUCAGACGAGGUGAAGUGUAUAGAAGAAGAGGGUGAAGAUGAUCAGAUGGCCAGCCAAGAAACCUUACAACCCGACAAUUUGGACGAACUGGACAAUACAUUCUCACCCAAUAAAUCGUCGAAGUCAAAGCUGAGACCGUCUGAUCCCAUACCUAUUUGGUAUGUAACCCUUUGUUACAGCAACCUGCACUACACGGUGAGCGGGCACGAGGCGUCGGCGCUGGCGGCGCGGCUCAGCGAGGAGCUGCGCGCCGACCCACCCAGGGAGGAAAAAGAAACAAAAGAUGUCGAAGAGCCGCAGCCGCGUGCGCGCAGCUACGACCAACACAAACAGACGCACGACAAUGAUCCACCCGCACUAACGUUCUCCCCACCCCCGCCGACCCCGACCCCUCCGACGCCGCUCGUGAACGUCGAGGGCGUCGAGUCAUCCACUAACGAGCUGCCGCUGUCCGCGAUAACGUUCGGGGGCCGCUCGUGGCCGCAGCUGGCCGCGCCCGAGGGCCCGGGCGGGGGCCCGGGUGGGGGCCCGGACGGGGGCCCGGCCUGUAGCGUGUGGGGCGCAGGGCGGCGCCAGCGGCACAGCAUCGCCGGCCAGAUGAGCUACCUCAAGAUGUUGGGGCUGGGCGCGCGCGGGAAGCUGUCCGGCGCCGCCGGCCUCUUCAGCACCGCCGUCAUCUCCGGCUCCAGCUCGGCACCCAACCUGCGCGUCAUGAUACCCACCGCCACCUCGAGCAACACGGCCCUGGAGGGCUUCGGCGGCGUGCCGAGCAUCCGUCCGCUGGAGACGCUGCACAACGCGCUGUCGCUGCGCCAGCUGGACGCCUUCCUGGAGCGCGUCACGGCCGCGCCCGUGCUGCGGGGCACGCCGUGCGCGCCCAAGCAGCCGUCGCCCACCAACAGCGUGGGCUGGAGCGGCCCGUCGUCGCUGAUGUCGUCGUCGUGCGAGCUGCCGAGCGGCCUGUCGUCGGCCGGCCCGUCGUCGCCCAACUCGAAUUACGCGUCCAAUUCAGACACUAAGAACAACUCUUCGGAGAGUUUUUCAAUAACUGACGACGAGCACACGACGGAGCCCUCGGGAGGAGUCGCGCAAUGUAACGUUAUGGAUUCCAGUAGCAAUUGGAGUAGAAAUGUGGCGAGCAAACUCCCCGAGUGGGAGGGGGAGGCGGCCACGCUGUGCGCGCUCACCGCUGGCCUGCUCGCGGGCGCCGCAGGUUCGUCUAUUAGCGGCGACGUGACGCCGGUGUCGGCCACCUCGGAGCUUGAGUUCAAAAGCAACGAGGCCACCACCGGCUCUAUCACGGAUCACGACCUGCUGAGUGCUGAGGGUGAAGACGACGAAGAGACGUUGUCAGUGGAUGCCUACUGUUCUUCGAUGAAAGUCAUUAAGAAUGACCUCACCCUUCAAGUCUCCGAAAAUGUGACGAAAGUAGACAGCAGCGAAGAUUCCACGAGCACCGUACCCAUCGAUUUGUACGGCCUCAGCUUCCAAGAGACGAAGGAGACAUUCUACAAAGAAAUGCCUUCAAGUAGUAAAAAUUUUAACAUAGAGAGUGAUAUUAAAAAUAAAUGUACAAAAGAUCGUUUACAGUACAUUAGUAAUUUAGAUUCGUUGAAUUUACAAAGUAAAGACAGCAAAAAUGUAUCGAAACAAGAUGAUGAACUUAACAAUGCGAUUAGAAGAUAUAGUGAUAGUUGUGCUCAGAAAAGUAAUCUCAACGUGCAGACAGCCGUCUUGGGGAGUAGAUUCACGACGACAUUAGUAUCGGAAGAUUCGCUUUUGGCGACUUCGUCUAGUGACAGUAAGUCGAACAAUAACAUGGUAGACGCUCCAGAUGGAUCCCCAGCAGUUGCGCCGCUACUCACUAAAGCAAAAACUAGUAACGUUAAGCCCGGGUUUACUAUCAAUGAAAAAAAGAAUAGUUAAGUUAAAGAAUCGUUCAGAAAUGUAUUUAUGAAAACUAAUUAUUGUUUUUGACAUUAUUGUAUCACUUAUUUAUAGUCUCUUUUUAUGAAGCUUUUAUCGAUGUCUUAAAAUUACACUUCUUUAUAUAAUGAAUGAGAGUAAGAUAUAAAUAAUAAUACAGUAAAUAGUUAAAUGUGAUAUACAAUUUUCAGAUUAUGAACAUGAACCUGUCAUCUUCAGAGACACUGUGUGAUAUUGUGCAUUAAGUUUUCCGCUUGUCCAUUAAUUAUUGAAAAACUGUAGACUAGAUAAGAAUUUUGAAACAAUAUAUUUGACAUAUUCAAA